AUGUCAUUGCGACUCCCGGAGUAUAACAUGCCACAUCUAUUGCUCGUCGUCGACCUCUCGCUGCUCACGCUCAUCGUCGUGGUCCUCGUCGGCCGAGUUUUUUCACGCCUCAAGCUGCAGGGAAAGCUAAGCGGCGACGAUGUCUGCAUUCUCCUUUCAGCCUUUCUCGUCGUCGCCCUAGUCGUGAUCCACUCCUUGAUGGUACUCAACUACCAUCUCGACCAACCGAGCGAGUCCAUUCCUCUAGUCGCCGGCCGCAGCCAGGCACUUCUCGACGGCAUAACACGCACGUUGUACCCUGUCACAUCGGCACUCACCCGCGUCUCGGUCCUGAUCCUGACGCGUCGUCUCGCACCGUACUCCCUGAUCCGGCGGACCGCGGCACUCCUGAUGAUCUGCAACGUCACCUUCACGAUCAUCAUCACGUUCCUGAUCAUCUUCACGUGCAUCCCGGUCAAGGCCUCGUUUUCGCCGGGCGGAUCUGUCCACGGGCGGUGUCUGAACUUCUACCUCAUCCAGCUUUCGACUCCGAUCACCAGUGCAGUGCUGGAUAUCUUCGCGUGGGUUUUGCCCGUACUCCUGGUCGUUCGGGUGCAGUUCCUGGGAUGGCGGAAGAAGACCGCCGUCGCGUGCCUGUUGGGAAUGGGCGGCCUCGCCUGCGUGGCGGGGCUAUUCCGGGUUGCGACGUUGGUGAAGGGUGGGGUGGAUCCGAGUAGCACGGCUACGUCGAUGGCGAUCUGGACCACGACGGAGCUCGCGAUUGGAAUUGUUUCGGCGAGCGCGCCCGCGCUGUGGCCGCUGCUCGUGUCCACUGGCGUGUGUGUGAGGACGAAGCUGCGCCUGCAGUUUCGGAGUAGUACGCCAGCAGCUUCGGCGGAGGUGGAAUUGGUGCCGCAGUCGAGCAGGCAGCAGCAGCCGGAAUCCAGCCACCCCAUGAACCUGCUUCCGGCCGCGAACCUUUCCCGCGAAGACGACAUCGCCGUAUCACGCCAGAUCAGAAAAUGCAAGAGUCACGACCCGUUGUUUGCCGACAACACGGUAUGAUUGAGAUGAUGGUUGUAGAGAGUACUCUUUCUGUUCCUGGCGUUUGGUUACAUGCGAACUGGGAGGGGGAAUUCUUUUCCGUGAUUUCCGGAGUCUGGAAUCGGGUUGUCCGGCAUCGGCAAGGUCAACUCGGCAAGAGCUUCGCACGCAGCGG